AUGCUUUUGCAGACGGCUGUUACUUACGACUGCACACAUAACGGCGCUGCCUAGCGUACGCUCCUGAACGGACUCAUCCUUAUGUCUGUGAGCGUUGCGCCUCGCCCCUUCGGUGAGGUGCGUCAUGGAAACUAGGCGCUCCUCCAAGCGGAAGGAACGCGACGAAGCCCCCGCAAACAAUACCCAGCCUACCUCACGGAAGCGCGCAGCUAAAUCUAGCUCAGCAGCUGCUGGCGAGGGCAACAACGUUGCAACUUCAGCAGGUGCCCAGUUAGCAGUACAACCCCGUGAGACAGAGGGCGGCCCAGCGACUCGUUUGCGCUCGAAGAGGGGAGCCACUGCAUCUGCACCCCAGCCUUUGCCUGCCACUGCGACGAAGUCAAGGCGAACUAGGGCAAAAGCGCGUGAGCCUUCUUCAGAAGCGGAGGAACAGCAACCCGCAAAGGAGAAAGCGGAGGACGCAUUGCCCCAAGCCGCACCUCCUGCACCGCCUCCUGCCCCUCCAUCCGCAACCGGUACAGCCGCGGUUGAAGCCGAGAAAGCAAGCCCUGAGAAGCGUCGGGUGACGCUGUCAGAGUUACGUGAGAUGGCCAACCGGCAGGCUCGGGGCCAAGGCAUGGACGACGACAAGGACUUGGCCGAGGUUUUCGGACGGAACUUCUCGGGCGCAGGAAGUGCACUGCAAGGCCUUCUGCGAAAGCUAGGAGCCGGUUUCGAAGACAUUAUGCCGAUGGGCGGCAUGUCCGGGAGCAAAUUGAAGGCCAUCAUGCAGGGUCUGCGCCAGAUGGACGACGAGGGGUCGCAGCUGUCCGCGCUGUCAGAGCUCAACGAGCUGCUGUCCAUCUCCACGGAGGACACCCUGCUGGCGUUCCCCACGGAGAGCAUGGUGCCGCUGCUGAUCCAGCUGCUGAACGCGGAGCACAACCCGGACAUCAUGCUCAUGGCCGCCCGCGCGCUGACCUUCCUGGCGGACGUGCUGCCGCAGUCGUGCGGGGCGAUUGUACGGCACGGCGCGGUGCCGUGCUUCUGCGCGCGGCUGCUGACCAUCGAGUACAUUGACCUGGCGGAGCAGUCGCUGCAGGCCCUGGAGAAGCUAUCGCACGAGCACUCGCCGUCGCUGCUGCAAAACGGCGGCCUGCUGGCGGUCCUCUCCUACCUGGACUUCUUCCCCACCGGUGUGCAGCGCACCGCCACCGCCACCGCCGCCAACAUCUGCCGCUCGCUGACGGCCUCGCCCUCCGCGGCCGCCAGCAGCGGGGCGCAGGCGGCCGUGAAGGAGGCGAUUCCCAUGCUCACGGGCCUGCUGUGCUACUCGGACGCCAAGGUGGUGGACAACGCGUGCGUGUCGCUGUCGUACAUCGCGGAGGCCUCCGCGGGGCAGCCGGCACUGCUGGAGGCGCUCACGGCGGGGGGGUUGGUCAGCCAGGCACUCAAACUGAUCGCCCUCAGCGACUCUGGCGCCAUGACCAGCCAGCUCAGCCUCUCCACCUACUACGGCCUGCUCAAGCUUCUCUCCACCGCCGCCGCCAGCUCCGCCUCCGUCGCCACCACGCUGCUCGGCUCCGGCGCCCUGGGCACCGCCCGCACGCUGCUGGCCACCUCCCCGCUCCUCAUGACGGGCCAGGCGGCGGGCGGCGGCGGCUCCGUGCUGCUGCGCACCCCGGACCAGCUGCAUGAGGUGCUGGCGCUGGUUUCGGAGCUGCUGCCGCCCGUGCAGGACUCGCAGGCGCUCCUGGCGGCGGGAGCGGCGGUGGAGCUGCCCUCACAGCAGCAGCAGGGAGGUGGAGGUGGAGGGAGGGCUGAGCUGCAGUCGUACCUGGGUGCCAACCCCGAGCUGACGGCCCAGCUGUGCAGGGAGGUGCUGCCGCUGUUGCUCAGCAGCUACAGCGCUACCGUCAUUUCCGAGGUCCGCGCCCGCGCUCUCCGCGUGCUGCUGCAGCUGCUGACCGCCUGCCCCGCCGCUCAGCUGCGUGAAGCCCUGCGCGAUCUGCCGCUCGCCUCCUUCCUGGGCUCGCUGCUGAGCGGCCGCGACACCGCCUCCGCCGCUGCCGCGCUGCACUGCUGCGAGGUGCUCAUGGCUCAGCUGCCCGAGCUCUUCAAACACGUGUUCCUGAAGGAGGGAGUCGCGUUCGCGAUCGAGCAGCUGGCGGCCACGGCGGCGCCGGCGGGGGGCGCAGCAGCGGCUGCGGGGGCGGGUAGUCCGCCGCCGGCGCUGCAGCCGCCGCCGCAGACGCGUGCUGCAGCAGCGGAGGAGCCGCGCCGAGCAACGCGCGGAUCCCUGGCCGCCGCAGCCGCCGCCAAGGACGACAAGUCCGCAGCGACGGCAGCGCCCAGCGCCCCCGGCGGCUCCACCGCCGCUGCAGCAGCUGGUGCGGAUGCCUUCCGGCGACCCGCCAGCAGCCCUAGCGGCGCCUCGCUGCGUGCCGCACUGGCCGCCCGGGCGCUGCGCUUCAAACGGAGCCACUACGACAGCGGCUGUGGCACCCCGGAGACGGAGGGGCUGCUGCAGGUGCGCGCGCUGCUGGCCCGGCUGCCCUCCGCCCCCUCCGCCGCCCUCACGGAAUUGCUGGAGGUGAUGGGAGCUAGCAGCAGCAGCGGCAGCGCAGCAGCAGAUGGCGGCUCGGAGGCGGCAGCAGGGGCGGGGCCGGCCGGUGUGUCGGUGUUUGAGCUGCUGAACAGCGGUGCGGUGAAGGCGCUGUACGACUUCCUCACCGGCGCCGACCUCUCCGCCGCCUCCACCCCGGCAGAGGCGGACGAGCGCGCAGACGCAGUACUCCGCCGCAUUGCCGCACUCACCCGCGCCGGCCUGACGCCCCGGGACGGCUCCCCCUUCAACCCCCCGCUGGUCGGCCUGGUUCGGAAGCUGCAGGCGGCGCUCUCCACUGUGGAGAGCUUUCCCGUGCACUACGGCCGUGCCGUACCGCCGUCAGGCCCCGGGAGCUUCCGCCUGGGUGGCGGAGGCGGCGGGUAUGGCAGCCGCGGCGGCAGCGCGGGCAGCGGUGCCAGCGCUCUGAACCCGGGCAGUCUGAGCUCUGGGCUGACCAUGUUGACGCACCCGUUCAAGCUGCGGCUGUGUCGGCACGGCUCCGACGCCAGCCUGCGGGACUACUCCUCCAACAUUGUGCUCAUCGAGCCGCUGGCAACCAUGUCCGCCAUUGAGGACUUCCUGUGGCCGCGAGUGUAUCGGGGGCCGGCAGCGGCCGCGGCGGCAGCAGCAGCGGCGGCGGCAGCGGCUUCAGCGCAGCAGCAGAAGGAGGCGCAGGCAGCGGCGGCUGCAGCAGCUGCUCCUCCGGGUCCUGGGGCAGCGGCUGGAAAGGGCGGCAGUUCCGGCGCCACGGCACCCGCAGCUACGGCAGCGGGUACCAAGUCGCAUCCCAUUCCAGUGGACGACAGCCCCAACUCCAACCGCCGAGUCACGCGGUCGCAGGCGGCUCGGGAGCGCGCGGAGGCGGAGGAGGCUGCGCGCCGCCGGGGCGCCCUGCCCGUGCCAACCCGGGGUGCGGCCAACCGCCGCGGCGCCGCAGCUGGCGCCGCCGCCGCCGCUCCAGCGGCUGCUGAGCCCAGCGCUGCUGCUGCUGCUGCCGGUGGCGACCCUAGCGUGGCUGACGAGAGCGAUGAGGAGGAGGACGGGCAGGGCACGGGGGCGGGGGCGGGUGGCCGAGGCGCAGCAGCGGGCGGGUUGGAGCACGAGGGCGAGGAGGAUGAGGAGGAGGAGUCUCAUGAUGGGGACAUGGAGAUGGAGGAGGCGGGAGCCGCCGGGGAUGCCAUGUUUGACGAUGAUGACGAGGACUUUGACGAGGACGGCAUGGAUGGAGACGAGGGUGACAUGGACAUCGGCCACAUGCACGUCCACGACCUGGAUGUGGACCAGGAGCCCCCCGCGGGCCGCAGCGCCGCACCUGCCCCCGCCUCCGCCCCCGCACCUCCCCUGCAGCCCCCGUCUCAGCCAGGCACCACCGCCACCACCGCCCCCACCCCUGGCGGCCCGGGUGGCGCCUGGGCGAGGCGUGCAGCUGCGGCGGCGGCGGCAGCAUCCGGGGCUGCUACCGCGGGUGCGGCAGGGGCCGGCAGCGGCGCUGCUGCUGCUGCUGCUGCCGGCGGCGGUCGCUCCGCUGCCCACGAGGCCGCCCCCCCCAAGAUGGUGUUUAGUCUGCUGGGAGACGAGCAGCCGCCGCUGGCCUCCAGCGCCACCGUGUUUCAGGCUAUCCAGCAGCUGCAGAACCAGCAGCACCCGGCGGGGGAGGGAGACGAGGAGGGCGAGGAGGAUGGCGGCGCGCCGCGGCGCGGGCGGCGGCUGUGGGACGAGAUCCACACCCUCUACUACCGACCUGCUGAUGCCCCCGCCCCGGCCGGCAGGAACUCCUCCGCUGCAGCGGGAGCCUCCCAGCGGUCAACCACAGGUGGAGCAGCAGCAGCAGAUGCUGCCAGUGGGAAGCCUGGAGCAGCAGCGACCGGGUCGGACGCCGCGGGUAGCAACACCAGUCUUGGCCGCUGGGGCGCCACCCCGCUCCGUGAGCUGCUGGUCCCGCGGCUGCCUGCCGAGCUCUCCUGCUCGCCCACUUGCCGCGAGGUGCUCGCCCUGCUGGCGCUGCUGGAGGCGGUGAACAGGCUGGGGCCGCGCGCGUGUGCGGAGCUGGACGCAGCGGGGGCGGGCGGCGCGGAGGAGGCGAGUGCGGGGCCGCUGGAGUCGGUGCGGCAUGCCGCCCGGGAUGAGUUUGUGUCGGGGAAGCUGUCGUCGAAGCUGGGGCAGCAGCUGAAGGACGUGUUGUCCAUCUGCGGCGGCGGGAUGCCGGUCUGGUGCUCCUCGCUCACCGCCUCCUGCCGCUUCCUGUUCCCAUUCGAAAUCCGCAAGCGCUACUUCUACUGCACCGCGUUCGGUCUGGGUCGCGCGCUGCAGCACAUGCAGCAGCAACACACCGCGGAGGCGGGCGGCGGGCCGGGCGGCGGCCUGGGCGGCGCGGACCGAGACGGCCGCGAGCUGCGUGUGGGUCGGCUGCAGCGGCAGAAGGUGCGGGUGUCCCGAAAACGCAUUCUGGAUUCCGCUGCCAAGGUGAUGGAGCUGUACGCGCGCAGCCGGGCGGUUCUGGAGCUGGAGUACUUCAACGAGGUGGGCACCGGUCUGGGCCCCACCCUGGAGUUCUACACGCUGCUGUCGCACGAGCUGCAGCGUAAGGACCUGGGCAUGUGGCGGCACGAGGAGCGCGAUGACACACAGCAACAGCAGGAGAAGGAGAAGGAGGCGGCUGCGGAGGAGGUACUGCAAGGGGGCGGGGACGAUGAGGCGGCGUUGCGGGAGCGCGCGCCGGCAUCGCCGGAUAAGAUGCUGGUGGACGAAGCCGGUGCGGAGGGCGGCGCGCAACGCCCCCGUGUUGUCACCGCCACCACCGCCACCACCGCCACCACGGCCCCCACCACCGCAUCAACCCUGGUCAGCGUCCCCUCGCGGCGCCUGGAGGCAGCAUCACACGAGGAGGUGGAGUACGUGAAUGCGCCCUGGGGGCUGUUCCCCCGGCCGCUGCCGCCCGACGCGCGGAGCAGCGGUGCGGGGUCGCGGGUGGUAGAGCAGUUCCGGCUGCUGGGCCGCACGCUGGCGAAGGCGCUGCAGGACAAUCGGCUGCUGGACCUGCCGCUGAGCCACGUGUUCUAUGGCGCAGCGCUGGGCAGCCGACUGGACCUGUGGGACAUCGCCCGCUUCGACCCGGGGCUGGGCGCCACGCUGGCCAAGCUGCACGCGGCGCUGGUGGCGCACCGGGCAGCGGUGGCAGCGGCAGCAGCGGGGGGGCAGGGGGAGGCGGGUGCGGGUCCGCUGCUGGUGGAUGGGGUGCCGGUGGAGGACCUGUGCAUCACAUUUGUGCUGCCAGGCCAGCCCGACUACCCGCUCCGCCCCGGCGGCAGCGAGCAGGUGGUGGGCAGCGCGGAGGAGCUGGGCGAGUACAUUGCGGCGGUGGUGGACGCGACGCUGGGGUCGGGCAUUGCGGCGCAGAUGGCGGCCUUCAGGGAGGGAUUCAACGAGGUGUUCAGCCUCAGCUCUCUGUCACUGUUCCACGAGGACGAGGUGGAGGUGCUGCUGUGCGGCAGCGGGGAGCGCUGGACGCUGCAGGUGCUGGCGGAGGCCAUCAAGUUCGAUCACGGCUACACGGCCAGCUCGCAACCCGUCAAGUUCUUGUUGGAGAUCCUUUCAGAGCUGGAGGCGGCCGACCAGCGCGCCUUCCUGCGCUUCGUGACGGGCUGUCCGCGCCUGCCGCCGGGGGGCCUCACGGCGCUGCAGCCGCGACUGACGGUGGUGCGCAAACACCCCAGUGGCGGCGAGGGUCCCAGCAACGGCCCCACGCCGGUGGGCAGCUUCCAAGAGGCCGGUCUGGCGGGUGCGGGGCUGAGUGCCGCUGACGCCGACCUGCCCAGCGUCAUGACGUGCGCCAACUACAUCAAGCUGCCGCCGUACAGCAGCAAGGCGGUCAUGGCGGCGCGACUCAUGUACGCAAUCCGGGAGGGGCAGGGCUCCUUCGACCUGUCGUGAGCGGGGCGGACGGGGUGCCGCCGCCGCGGCUGCUGCUUAGGAUGGCAUCGGUGUAUUUAGCUGUGUAUGGUGCACUAUGCGGGAUGUAGUGUGCAUCGGUUUGUUGAGUCUGGUAGGCUUGGCUAUGGCUAGUGGCUACAGUUGUUGCAGUGUUUGUUUUUGGGGCCGAGUGCCGUGUACUAUUUCCCGUUUGUGGAGUACAGCUGUGUGCAGGAGGUUGCAUGCCUGGGAUGGCGGCCGCUGCAGUCCUGCUGGGUGUUUCCGUGCGUAGCUUUGCACGGGGACGCUGCAUCGGAGCCUGCCGACCGUGGCCUGUGAGGAACGACGACGGCCUGACUUUGUAGCGUCGUUUACUUCGCAUUCCGUUGUUUUGUGCAUGUCAGGAGGUCUGUUCCAAGGCUGUUGUUGUGCUGCAUAUCGGUCUGCGCCUGCAGGGUACGACCGCGCAUUGGUUCGUGGCGGGUUUCCUCGUGUAACGAUGAGCGCUGGAUGCCCCUGUUGUCACGGUGUGGGGAGUGGUAGGGCGUUGACAGCCGAGGCUGAAGACCGAGGACAGGGUAAGCCACUGCAGCCCUCCAGCGAAAUGCAAG